AUGGCGCUGGGAGGUGGGGUUUUGGAAGGUGACAAGGCACAGCUGACUGGAACACCCGGCGUCCAGAACUGGGAGAAAUCAGUGUCUGUUGCGCACUUCCGGAAGACGGGGAGCGUCCUGCUCACUGCUCUUCUGACGUCGGUCUGAGCGCCUUGCGCCCAGGCUAUGUGGCUGGGAAGGCUGGACCCGAGGCAGCUUCUGGGGUCCUGGUACGUUCUCGCCGUGGCCUCCGGUGAGAAGGGCUUUGCGGUGGAGAAGGCCACGAAGGACAUCGAGGGUGUCGUGGUGACCCUUACUGCAGAAAACAGUCUGAAAAUGCUGUCCCCCGGGCACAGGACGGACGGUCUCUUUUCCGGGCUGGAGAAGUGUGACGUGGGCACGGUGUUGCUGCGGAGACAGAACUCUGGAUGGGUGUUUGAGAACCCCUCCCUGGGCGUGUCAGACUACCGGGUGCUGGGCACCGACUUCAGGGACUACGCCAUCGUCUUCACCUAGCUGGAGUUCAAGGACGAGGCCUUCAGCAGGGAGCUAUACAGUCGCACGGAGCUGGCCAGCCAGGAGGCCGUGCGCCUCUUCACCAGGUGGAGCAGGGGCCUGGGCUUCCUGUCCCAGCAGCAGGCCGCGCUGCAGCGGGACCUCACCUGUGCGCACAAGGCCUUCCAGGCAGGCGGCACCGACCAGGCUGAGCACCUGGGCCGGCCCUCUGUGCCCGGGGCAGGAGAGGGCCCGCAGCCCCCCGGCCUCCCCAUCGGCCCACCCCAGGCCGGCUCAAGGCUCCGGGUUGGUUGGACGGCCACAGCAGGGUCGGUGGGUGGGGAGAUUUAA